GCCUCUCGCAUGGACGUCUCCGGCACAUCGCCGGCGCGGACUGGCGGCAUGCUCAUUUUCCAGGAGGAGCACGGCGAGCCGAUGAGCACCCCGGCCUCCCUGUCGUCGCUGCCACCGCCCAGGACGGCUCGGGGGCUCCCAAACGGGGUGGUGACCACACCGUGUGGUGAGUCGGUGGGGCCUUGGUGCAACGAGGCAAAGGCUCUCGCACAAUCAUGGUGGCUUCACGACGCGAGGUACGCGCUCCUGGCUCUUCUUCGCUCAGGUGUGAGCCCUCAGACGUGCGCUGGCCGGCUGAAGGGGUUCCUGCUCGCCGGAGAGGGGCCUCCCGACGCGCCGCUGUCUGGGGCGACGGCGUGCCCCUUCCCAGACGCCGACGUGCUCGAGGCGGUGUGGGACCAGCUCUGCGACAUGUGCCACCCGGGGGCCUGCGUGCCCAGCCCGCGCGAGGUGCAUCGGCGCCUGUCGCGGCAGGUCCUCGGCAUCCCGAGGCUGGCCCACUGGGUUCGCAGGGGCAGAGCCUCGCAGGUCGCAGGCUUCCUGCUCGGCUCCCAAUGGGACUUCUUGAUGCGCAGACCGCACCACGAGACCCUUCGCCAGGCCCCGCUGAUGCCAACGGCUUCUCAGACGGACAACCCGUUGGAGCCAGCGCCAAAGGCCACCGCGGCGAUGUACGACGAGUGGUUCGCCUCGCGCGCGCCCGCGGUCCUCACCGCCCACCUGCUGCUGGGCGGGCAGCGGAACGAGGCCUUGGUGACGAUGGGUGUAGACAGCACGGACAACAUCGACCACCUCAUCAUCGAGGAGAUGAUGGCAGAAGACAUCCAGAACCUCCCGGUGGCUGCCUGCAUGCAAGAGAUGGACCUGAUGAACACGAGCUGGCAGGCCUUCGCGUCCUCGCGCGCCGAGAGGGCGGCCCGGAAGCAGCUCGCCGUGCAGGCCAGGAGGGCUUGCCAGUCGGAGCGGUCGCAGAAGAGGCACCAGAGGGAGCUGCUGCUCGCCGCCCACGCGGUGGGGAAGCAGUCGCUGGGGCACGCCAAGCGGCAGCAGGUGUGCCGGCGCAACCAGUGA